AUGACAAAACCAAUUAAAAAAACUAAACCAGUUGAGGUUGUAGAAGAAAAUAAUGAACAACCACAACAAACAGAACAAACAGAACAACCACAAGAAAAUCCAUUAAAUUCAAAUAAAAAAGAAGAACAAUCAAUUUUUACAAAGAAAAGAGUUUUAUUUACAUCAACUCGUGGUAUUGGAUCUAAAUAUCGUCAUUUAAUGACUGACUUAAUUUCAUUAAUUCCACACAGCAAAAAAGAAGAUAAAGUUGAUGACAGAAAGACAUUAUCAUUAAUCAACGAAACAUGCGAAAUGAAAUCAUGCAACUACGCUAUAUUAUUUGAUGUUAGAAGAGGUACAGAUUGUUUCCUUUGGAUGGCCAAAACUCCAUUAGGCCCAACUGUUAAAUUCCACGUCACCAACGUUCACACACUCGAUGAAUUACAAAUGACUGGUAAUUGCUUAAAAGGCAGUCGUCCAUUCCUUCAUUUCGAUAAAACUUUUGACUCACAACCACACCUUCAAUUAAUCAAAGAACUUUUCACCCAAAUUUAUAGCACACCAAAAGGUCACCUUAAAAGCAAACCAUUUUUCGAUCACGUUUUCAGUUUCUUCUAUCAAGAUGGUCGUAUUUGGUUCAGAAACUAUCAAAUUUCAGAUCAAGAAUUCAAAAAAGAAUCACUUUUAACCGAAAUUGGUCCAAGAAUGAUUUUAAAUGUCGAUAAAAUUUUCUCUGAAGGUUUUGGUGGAAAUGUACUUUAUUCAAAUCCAAACUUUGUUUCUCCAGGUAAUAAUCGUAGUGAUCAAAAGUUAGCUAAAGCCAACAAAUACAUUAAAAGAAAAUAUCAAAAAAGUCAAGCCGCAGAAAGACAAAAAGUCGCUUUUAUCGAACCAUCAGAAGUUGAUACAUUAUUUGAAGAUUUUUAA